GCGGCUCCUUCUUGUGAAGUGCGUGGCGGUUGAGUGAUAGACAAGCAGCAGCUAUCUCGCCACCAAAGAACCACCAAACAACGAAACGGGAAGCCUAGGUCGGUGGCGACAGCUCUGGGCUUAGGUGUCUCCGCCUCAGCAGUCACCAUUGACUGUAACGAGCUUCCGGUCUCCAAAAAUCCUAAAUCUCUCCGCCCCAUUGAAACCAAUAACAACGACUACCCGCAUUUUUCUUCACAACCGAUUUCUGUAGUUCUUCGCAAACUGAAAGCUCCUCCUUCUUCCCCUCAGAAAUCCACGGUGGAUUUCUGUGGAGAGGAGUUAUUAGACCCUAAUUACUUCCAUUUCUUAGUGUAUCAAGUCCUGCUUUUGGAAUCUCUUCAUGAUUUGUUGAAUGGCAGGAAUUUUGAAUUAUCCUUCGUGCGGACGAGGGGAAAAUUCAGUAACUAAUGCAGGGAGGGGGUUAGGGUUUUGUUCUACCAUCAGUAUCAAACGAAGGGUGACAACGAGGAUUUCCAUGCCUUUCGAGGAUGACAUAUUCAACUCCUGUCAAUUGGCUCUAACUCAUUCAAGCAAGGUGUCUAAGGUCACCAGGCCAAGUAUUCAGAUGGCUUUGGUAGAAGAGAGACUUUCAUGUGGUCAAAAAGUGACAAAGACUUCUGAAAUCUUGGCCUAUGAUCUUGUUCAAGGAGCACUAGUUAAUUGGAGUUCUGUUAUGGACAAGUCAAUACCUGAACCACCAACUGCUGUUCUUCUGCACGGAAUUCUUGGUAGCAGGAAGAACUGGGGAUCUUUUGCUCGGAGGUUGGCACAAGAAUUUCCCACAUGGCAGUUUCUGUUGGUAGACUUGCGUUGUCAUGGUGAUUCAUCAUCCAUUAAAAAGAGAGGCCCUCAUACUGUUGGCUCUACUGCUCUUGAUGUGUUGAAGCUUGUUGCUCAUCUUAGAGUAACUCCUCGAGUUUUGAUCGGCCACAGUUUUGGAGGCAAAGUUGCCUUAAGCAUGGUGGAACAAGCUGCAAAACCUCUUGCAAGACCAGUCAGAGUCUGGGUGCUAGAUGCAACUCCUGGAAAAGUUCGUGCUGGUGGAGAUCAGGAAGAUCAUCCUGCUGAAUUAAUUGCUUUCCUAAGCAGGUUGCCAAAGCAGGUUUCAUCAAAGCGGGCUAUUGUGGAUGCUCUUAUUCAGGAGGGUUUCUCUGUAGAUGUGGCGCAGUGGGUGGUAACUAAUCUCCGCCAAAUUAGCCCACCUGGUUUGUCAUCGUCGAGCUUCUCUUGGGUCUUUGACCUCAAUGGCAUUUCUGAGAUGUAUAAAUCCUAUGAGGAAACAAACUUAUGGAAAAUUGUAGAUGAUGUGCCUCAAGGUGUCCAUGUGAAUUUCUUGAAAGCAGAGCGGAGCCUGCACAGAUGGGCCCUUGAAGAUCUCCAGAGGAUUCAUGCUGCAGAGGAGUUGGCUGUGGAUGAGGGAGGUGGAGUUCAGAUGCAUGUCCUUGAAGAUGCUGGGCAUUGGGUGAACAGAAGGCAUUGGGGUCAACCUAUACACAAUUUCAGCGUCACCUAAACUGCCAUGUGGCAGUUGUGGGAGGGUAUGCUAUUCUACUUCUGGGUCCAUGCUGAUAACCCAGAUGGCCUUUUCAGAAUUCUUUCGUCCACAUUCCAAGGAUCCAGAAUUUAACAACUAGGCAAGGCUUGUGCAUUGUAGCAUAUAACACAUUCUGCUCACCUUGUGGAGUAAAAUAGAAAGAGAAAUGUACCAUAAUUCCCAGAGUUACCGCAACUUAUUUUCCCCUUUCAACAUUGAGAUGCCGAAGCUGUCUUCUUGAGCUUCACACUUUGUUCCACCCAUUUGUUAUAUUAUUAUCAUAUGACUAAGGCAUAUGAUUAUUCUUUCUACUUCAAGAUCAGAAUCUGAAAGCAAGGUAUUGAAACCA